AAACAGCAGAAAAUUUAACCACGUACUAAUUUCUCAGAAAUAAGUACCACCAAUGGGUCACCAAACAGCAGCACCGAGAAAAACCACGUAAAAAAACAGAAUGGUUGCAUCAGAUUAGAUUUUCAGAUCUACAACAUCCACCACUAACCAAAAUGGCGUGUUGCUGCAAGAAUACUAAGACAAAAAGAGCAUCCACCAUCUGUCUUGGGCGGUGUGAUCUGCCCAAACACAAAUGUCUACCGCGCUACAUCGUAAAACCUGGAACCAUACCUAGACAUUACGGAUGGCUGUACAACGCGAGAGACGCGCCAGAUCAUCAGUUGCGAUGUGGAUGGCGUCCAGGGCACAUCUCUUGCUCUGUGCUAAGAAGAAUGGAGCAAUACUACAACCGAAACUCCUCUGAAUGUAAACCAUGCCCGUCAGUAUGCUCUAAAUGUUCCAAGAUCUGCCCCCAUGUGUUCAAAUUACCUACAAAUCCAUCUACAAUGCCCUUGCAGCAGAAAGAAAAUCAACCCCUGAUUAGAAUCACAAGACAUGGAGGGCAGUAUAGUAUUUGUACAAAACCUUCUAACAUAACUAAUGCACCAUCCGGGCCUUACCCACUGAAAUAUGUCCUGAACACACAACCCGAUACUUCUAAUCAACCAAAAGUGAAAACCAGAUUCAGUGUGGAAGCAAAGUAUAAUAACUAUCAAUUUGAUUAUACCACAUCAAAUACUUCAUUCAUUCUUGAUUUCACUCCACCGGAAUUAAUGGACGGAAAUUUGAGAAAGGUUGCCCAAAAUAAUAAUUAGAACACUACUGAACACACUGUUUGUAUUCUUUCACACUCAUGAUUCGGUAAUAAAGUGUAUAACAUUGCAA